AUGCUGCAGCAAAGCGCGUUAAAGAGCUCAACAGGGUUAAGCAGAACGAGCGGGAAGCGGUUAAAGGCGUCCUUGACAAUUUCGUUUAAGAGCUCCAAGGGACACAUUGUGUCGAGCGACGACCGCUUCGCCCUGUUGUGGCAGAAGCGAGCAGAGAAGUUGGAAUUGAGGCGCAGUAUCGGCAAGGAGACCCAAGCGACAGAGUUCCCAGAUUUGUACAAUGAGGAGAAGGAGAAGGGUUGGGUGAGGGAGAGAUAUCGGCUAUAUCUUCUAGGAGAUGGUGCAGACUAUGGCGGUCGGUUCGGUCAGGACGAUGAGGAGCCGGAGUACUUCGGGCGUGGCGUCAGAGCAGAAUCCAAUCAAGAAAACGAUGGUGUACAAGGACACGUCGCGGGUCGGGGGCGUGGUCAUGGUGGUGGACAGUCCAGGCGCACGGCGAUCGGGGAUUACCUCUUCGACUCCCAGAAGGAGCAACGCGCCGCACAUGGCCUGCGUUGCCUGACUUCGAGGGAUUAUGAAGCAAGCAGCAACGAUGAGAGCCAGGACGAAGGAAGUGGUAAGGAGGACCAAGGCGGCAAACAAGAGGCGAGCGCUCAACGUACCUUUCUUCCUACCGCGGUUGCUUGCACUAGAAGCUUCGCUGUCUUCCACACUGGGUCCGAAGGGCUCAUCAAGGCUGGGAUGCAGGAUACUGUCAGCAAGUCUGAAAUCGUCGUGGAUGAGGCACAAAUUGCGGCAGUAACUGCUACUACGCCAUCGAGCAGAGCCGGCGUCGCCUUCAGGGUGACGCGGAGUUGGCAGUUCAUCAAUGGCCAGAUGGUCGAGUGGCCGCCAGUGGAGAAGCGGACCAGCACCAGCUUGGAUGAGUGUAUCGCUAAUGGCAAGCGCAAAGCCGAGGGAGAGGCGGCAACGGUGGCGGCGGCGAAAAAGGCAAGGUCUUGUAGGUCUUCUUCUGGUAAGCUGUACGCCAUCAUGGCAGCCGUCACCGACUUAGAUUGA